CCCCAAUUUGCUCUCCAGAUGGCUCAUCCCUCAUAAGCUGUCCUGGUGUGCUCUGUUUUCCCCCCGAUCCUCGCAGAGAGCAUAAAGGCGAUGCUUUUGUGCUUCCCCAAGCAUUGCCAGAGACAGGCUGAGCGUGUUUAGUGGAGGGGACUCAUCUCUGCACAGAACCCCGGCGUGGAUGGGAGAUCUCCACGAGGGAGGCUGUGUUCAUUAGGUCCCACCUGGAGGACUCAACCUUCGGGCCAGCCAGGAUGCAUCGAAUGAUGAAAGAAGAAUCAAGCUACAGGACAAGCAGCCUGGAAAAUGCAACGCGUGACACGAGCAAAGAGCAGCUGCAUGUGAAGCUCUGCAAUGGGUCCUGCCAUGCUGAGCAAAUCCUACAGACACUGAACGCCUACCGGCGUGGGGGCAUCUUCACAGAUGUGGUGUUGUUAAUUGAUGGGCAAGAAUUCCCCUGCCACCGUGCUACUUUGUCAGCCAACAGCACUUAUUUCCGGGCGAUGUUUGGUGGCAAUCUCAAGGAAAGCCAUCAGAAUAUCAUCAACAUCCAGAAGAUUUCUGCUUCCACCAUGUCUCUCCUUCUUGACUAUAUGUAUGGGGGGAACAUUGUCAUUCAGGAAGACAAUGUUGAAGGCAUCUUGGAACUGUCUGACUUGCUGCAGAUCUCCAAGCUUAGGGAUGCUUGUAUCAGCUUUCUUGAAGGCCAGCUUCACCCCUGCAAUUGUUUAGGCAUCAUGAAGUUUGCCGAUUCGUUCUCCAUCACUUCCCUGACAGAAAAAAGCAAGAGGUUCAUGCUGGAGUGUUUCGUGGAGGUGUCUUGCCAUGAAGAGUUCCUAGAGAUGGGUGUGAAGGAACUGGUUGAGUAUUUGUCUGAUGAGCAGCUGGUGGUUCCCAAGGAGGAGGUGGUCUUUGAAGCAGUCAUGCGCUGGGUACGACACGACGUACCUGCCCGGAAAGGAGCCUUGAAGGAUCUCCUUGAGCAUGUGCGUCUGCCACUGCUCAACCCCACAUACUUCCUGGAGAAGGUGGAAACGGAUGGGCUCAUCCAGGACUCAAAGGAGUGCAUCCCUCUGCUGCACGAAGCCCGCAAGUAUUACAUCCUUGGGAAUGAGGUCAGCUCUUUGAGAUCGAGGCCCAGAAGGUUCAUGGAGCUGGCAGAAGUUAUCAUCAUCAUUGGGGGCUGUGAUAAGAAAGGCCUUCUGAAGCUGCCCUUCACUGAUCUCUAUCAUCCAAAGAGCAGGCAGUGGACGGCCCUCUCCAGUGUGCCUGGCUACACCAAGUCAGAGUUUGCUGCUUGCACGCUGAAGAAUGAUGUCUACAUAUCAGGGGGACACAUCAGCAGCAAUGAUGUUUGGGUGCUGAGCUCCCAGCUGAAUGUCUGGAUCAAGGUUGCUUGUCUGCAGAAAGGCCGAUGGAGGCACAAAAUGGCAACGCUUCAGGGCAAGAUCUACGCUGUGGGAGGCUUUGAUGGUUUCUACCGCCUCUCCAGUGUGGAGUGCUAUGAUACCUUCUCCAACAGCUGGUCCACCUUGGCUCCACUGCCACAAGCAGUGAGCUCGGCAGCUGUGGUCUCCUGCCUGAACAAGCUCUACGUGCUGGGUGGUGCUGUGGAUGACACUGCUAACACUGACAAGGUCCAAUGCUAUGAUCCAGAAGACAACAAGUGGACUCUCUUGUCUCCCACUCCUUUCUACCAGAGGUGCAUCAGUGCCGUCUGUUUGGACAACAUCAUUUAUGUUGUAGGUGGGCUCCUCAGUAAAAUCUUCAGCUAUGAUCCAAGGAAAGACAGCUGGCGAGAAGUGGCUGCCCUCCCUGGGCCUCUGGAGAGCUGCGGCCUGACGGUGUGCGGAGGGAAGAUUUACAUCCUGGGUGGCCGAGAUGAGAAUGGGGAAGGCACAGACAAAGCAUUCACUUUUGACCCUGUAACGGGGAGUGUGGAGCAGCAGCCCCCGCUGCAGCGCUGUACCAGCUACCAUGGCUGUGUCACCAUCCUGCAGCACAUGAACAGAUGACCGUGGGGCUUUGACAGCAUCUUUCUCCUAUCCAGAUCCUCCCCUUGAGUCGGUGGCUACAUUUGUGGACAGACAGCAGUCUCUCUGUGGGGAAGGGCAACAUAAGGCACUGAAGAUGUGCUCCCACCAGGCCCUGAGCAACCUGUGUUUUGGUUUGGUUUUUUUUUUUCCAGGUCUGAUGAUGCCAAUGGUUUUGAUGCUGAGAGGUGAGAGGAUGAAAGUGCUGGGCUGUAGGAAAGCUGCAUUGCAGACCUUGCCACCUCCAGAUUUAAGCAGGGUUGCGACCCCUGCAAGUUUGACUUCUUUUAAGUUUCCCUGAAUCGUAGAAUGGUUUGAGUUGAAAGGAACCCCUGAAGGCCAUCUGGUCCCACCACCUGCAAUGAACGGGGGCACCCACAGCUCCAUCAGUGCUCAGAGCCCUGUCCUCACUGCCCGUAUUGUAAAAUAAUUUAUUCCUUACAUGGAUGUAGAUCAUGAUUUUCUGUACUGUUGGUGCAAGGGCAAUUAUUUGUUUCUGUCUGACACCCAGGGCUGUUACAGACACAAUUACAUUUACAGGGUCCAAUUCUUCAGCUCUCAGAUAUCUAUGCAUUUAGCUCCAUAGAGCCCUGUGUCAACCCAUGCUUGCCCAAAUGGUCGUUGAUGCCCAUGAGCAGUUCUACUACAGUGGGCAGCUGAGUUUGAGAUCUCAGCUGAUAUCCCAGGAAAAUUUCUCUGCUAAAUCCCUGAAAGCUUGGUUAAAUAGGCCACACUCUGAGUCCAUUCUGCAUAUACUGCAGGGUCUAUCACCUGAAAGCACAGGGUGCUGUCUCUUCUAUGUGUUUCAAGAUUAGUCUCGCUGAGACUUUGUCACUGAGGACAAAGUGAAUCAUGUAGCCAAGAGGUGGUUCUUCAGAGAGCAGUGUGAGGCAAGUUAGAAUGUGUAGAAGUUUUUUUUGUUU